GCCUGCUUGGCAAAAUCUCCUUUCUUCCAAGUGACUAAACUGAAAUUUUGGGUUGCUGAAGCCAUGGGCCUCGGUGCAAACUCAGGUCCCCAUUAACAUCAGAGGUGACAGAGCAAUCAUCAGUAACGUGGUUUGGCAUUUGACAAGACAUCCAAUUGAGAAGAGAAUUUAGAACUGCAAACUCAAAUGGGCCAUCCUUUUUUGAUGGAAUGAUCAAUCAUCUCUGUUCAACAUGCAAGUAUGUCUCCCUUUUCAUUUCAUUCUUAAAUGUGUAUAUGCAUAUUCUUUUGUGUUUAUAGCUGCUGUUUGAACUCACUAUUUUCACAUUUCUGUUUUAGGGAGUUUUAGAUUAGGGUGAGCAUCAACUGAGUUCACUCUUCAUGUUUGUCAUUCAAAUUGUCUUGUUUUAAGCUCUCUGUACAUUGAGUGACUAUAUUAAGAGAUAUGCUUAGAAGAUUAGUUAACCACCAGAAUUUUACCUUGAAAGUUGCGUUACUGCAAUUUCUCAUAGUAAUUUCUAUGAACAUCAAUCCUAAAGAGUUUCGCUUUGGCAUCCCCUGCAAGCAACAUUUAACACUGGAUUUUAGGUCUGCAAAAAAACAUGUCGAUUAUUCAAUGAAUCAAAUGCUUGUGUCUAUAGAAUUAAUUAUAAGAAAAGCAUAUCUUCCAUGUGAUUCCAAUGGAACAAUUCACAACGUAACAUAUGAGUUUUUGGAAAAGAUUUAUCAUCUCUUUUGGUUCUCGUUAUUCCUGAAAAUGCAAGGUACUACACUGGUUAUCCAAAAGAUCUUGGGCCAUCGUGGGUUAUUCAUUUCAAUUUAGAACGUGAGUUUGUUCAGCUCCCUCAUGAAGGGCGUCCUGUGGUUGUUGCAUUUACUAUCAGGGGUAAUUACACAAGACAUCUUGACGAAGUGUUGGAGGAAGCCGCUACCGGGUUUUAUCCUAACGUUAAAUUUAUGUGGGUUGAGCGCCCAAAAUAUCCAGGUUUCUGCAUGGCAUGGCAGAAGAAGGAAUAUCCAUUCAUUGAAAUAUUUCAUAUUCCUGAACAAGUGUGUGGUUUUUCUUUACUUGUCAACUGGUCUUGGUACCGUGCAGCAUCUAUGAUUCUAUAGGCUAUUAGUUGAGGCAGAUGAAAGUUAUCUUAGACUAUUGGAGAGUGGUGGAGCAAUUGGAGAAUUGAUCUAGAUAAGCUAAAUUUUAAUGAAGGAAAUUUCAUUCUAAGAUUUGUUACUUUUGGUUCUGCAUAGAGCCGAAGACAUAGCCUUGUGUCGAUAGAGUAGAUGUGUUAGAUGACAGUCAGUUCUUUGAUGCAGGGCCAUAUCCCAACAGUUUAC